GGGAAGGGGGGAAGACGAGGAAAUGCCGGUGUUCCAGGGUGGAGCUUUUGAUGUCGGUGUGACUGAUAAAUCGAAGGCAGGAAAGAAGCUCGUUGAGGAUGACGAAUUCAUUAAUCGAUAUCUACCCCAAGGAUCCAAGUUGAUCGAUUCAAUUCUGUUGGCCUCUGAAGAUGACUUCCAAUGCACUGAGUGGAUUGAGGAGCCAACACUUCUGGUAACACGGUAUGAGUAUGCAAACCUUUUCCACACUUUCACGGAUUGGUACAGUGCCUAUGUGACCUCCAGAGUGACCUGCUUGACAAUUCGGCCUCAUGUUGUUUUUGUGGAUGGCCACUGUGAGGUAUGUGUCCAAAUGAGUUGACUGCCUCUACCAAUAUUAUGUCCUGCAGUUGCUAUGCUGUCAAGCGCCCUUUUGGUGAAAGUUAUUUGGAUGAAAUGGUUGAAUCUGCUAAAUUUCUGAUUUAUAUGCUUUGGAGUAGCAUUCCAUUCAGCCAAAUACUAAACACAAUUGGAGGAGGUGUGGAAAGCAUUGUUUGCAAGCGUCAGAUAUGCAAAACACUUUAAGGGUCCUGUUUGCUUCCGCCAUGCUAUCCUCUCACCUUUGGGGUACGAAACGGCACUGUUUAAGGGACUCUCAGAAAACAUAAACUGUCGAGGCACUACAGCUCAUGAUCUGUUGCAAAACCCCAAAGACGAAGAGAAAACUUCGCGGUUGGAUGAGUUUGGGGAGAUGAUAAAAGCAGCCUUCGGCUUUCCACCACUCAACGACAACCCAAGGCCAGAAGUUUCAGGCGUUCGUCAUCACAGCAUCCUCUUUGUUCGCCGGGAGGAUUACUUGGCCCACCCCCGACACAGUGGGAAACCAGAGUCAAGGCUUAGCAAUGAACAACAAGUGUUUGAUGCAAUAAGGAACUGGGCAGCAUCAUUACUGUCAUCAUCAAACGGUUUCAAAUGCAAGCUAAGUGUGGUUAACGGAUUAUUUGGUCACAUGUCAGUAAAGGAGCAGGUUGAAGCAAUACAGGACGCUUCGGUCAUUGUGGGUGCUCAUGGGGCAGGUAUGACCCAUGCCAUAUCUGCAGUGCCUGGAACAAUAAUCCUUGAGAUCAUUAGCAGUGCACAUAGGCGUCCCCAUUUCGCCCUUAUCGCGAAAUGGAAGGGCCUUGAGUACCAGCCCAUUUUUUUGGAUGGUUCCCACGCCGAUCCUCAAGUGGUGAUUGAUAAGCUCGACAGCAUUUUGAAAAGUAGUGGUCUGGGAUGCUGAAUAGAGAACAACAUAUCAAACCAGUAGGGAAUAUACAUUCGAUCAGGCGUCACAAUAUCAGCUUAUCUUCUAUAUCAUUUUAUCCCAAGCUUUAGAGGUCGGCUUAACUCAUAUACCUCCAUACACUUUUCAACCAAGGGCUUUAAGAGGAUUUAAAGCUCGUUAAGGUUUACAUAUUUUAAACCUUUGAAAUGACCUUUGUUUUCUGUUUAGAUGAUUUAGAAGGUCUUUAUUUUCCAUGCAAUUUUCAAUUGCAUUUUCAUCUAUUUGCAAAAAGACAUGUUUGACAGACUGAUAAAAGGCUUUUUCUAUAUAGUAUGUAAACGGAUCUUUGAAUGCAAAAUCCUCUUAUCAAAUUAUAUUAACGG